UUCGUCAACCCAUCCGUCGAGGUCAACGGCGGUAUCUGGAGUCUCUGCUUGACCGCUUCCGCAUUUCUCGGGCUACGGAUAUGGUACAAGGUCACUCACAAGCAUGGAAUGUGGUGGGAUGAUUACGUGCUUGUCGCCUCCUGGCUGGUCCUUUUGACGACAUGUAUAUUGAUAAGCAUCGAGUUCGGCACGGGCUAUGUCACCAAAACCUGGGAUAAUCGCAUGCUCAUCCUCGUCUCGGUCUCGUCCGUCCUCACCACCGUGGGUCAGGCAUGGAGCAAGUCAGCCUUCGCCGUCACACUCCUCCGGCCCGGCAUCACCGAGGGCUGGCAGAGAUGGGCCCUGUGGUUCAUCAUCGCCUCGCUCAACAUCUACCUCACCAUCACCUUCUUCCUGCAGUGGACCAAUUACUGUGGGGAGACCCCCUAUUGGUGGAAGAUACCUCGAGUAUGCGCCCCAUACGAAACAAUCGCCAACAUCAAAGUGGGAAGAAACAUGUGGAAUAUCAUUAUGGACUUUGUUCUAGCCCUCUUCCCAUGGUUGGUGACGUGGAAACUGCGGAUCAAGCAGAUCGAGAAGAUCGGCAUCUGCGUGACCAUGAGCUUGGGGGUGGUCGUUGCUAUCGCCACAAGCUGGCGUACAGCCUGGAUGAUGAGUCCUGGGUUGAAUGAUUAUAAUGAAUGGUACUUUUGGCGUCAAGGCAUGAGUAUGGUCUGGUAUCAAUCCGAGGUAGCAGGCACCAUUAUUGUGCAGACACUGCCCGUGAUUCGUCACCUGUGGCGUGAC